AUGUCGAAAAAAUAUUAUGAAAAAUUGUUAAGUGAUAUUCAAAAUCAAUCCAAACCCGUUGAAUCAAAAUUUGGUUCGUACAUUCUUCAAAAGUUUGGAUGGGAAAAGGGUAAGGGAUUGGGAAAACACGAAAAUGGAGACGUGAAAAUUAUAAAGAUAAAAAAAUAUGGAGAACAUGGGCUUGGAUAUAAUGAACAUGAAGAAAAUAACAAUGGAAUGUGGUGGGAAAAUAUGUACAAUAAUUGUGCCAAGAAAAUCAAUACUGAUAAUAAUAAGAAUACAACAAAUAGUAGUACUAGUAAUAAUAAUUCAAAAGAAAAAAUUGUGAAAAAUAAUCAAAAUAUAAAGUAUUCAUUAUUUGUUAAAAAAGAUACUUGUAUAAUAAGUUCGGCUUGCACUAGCCUAGAACAACAACAACAACAACAACAACAAGCAGAAGACGAAAAAAUAAACAAAACACAAGAUGUCAAAAUUAAGAAUAAACAUAUUAAUAAGAAUGAAAAUAAUAUAAAUAAUAUUAAAUUAAUAACUAAUAAAUCCAGCGAGCAAAAUCAUGAUGAAUAUGUAAAAAGAAGUAAGAAAAAAAAAAAAAAAAAGAAAAAAAAAAAGCAUAAACAUAAACAUAAAAGUGAAGAUAAAUGUGAUGAUGAUAAAACGGUCGACUAA